AUGGAAGCUCAUUACAAUGACGAGGAUGAGUUUGUAAAGAUCCAGGACAAUGAAUCCAAAACAAAAGCUUUCAGUUUGACCACAGAGACCAAUUCGCUGGAUGGUGGUGAUAGUGGAGUUGCGAAAAAGACUAUCACUGAGGAGGACAGAUCUUUUUGGCAGAAAUUCAUCGAUCUCAUCGAGGUCAAGCACCCAGACGGGUUCGGUGAGUCCAAAUCCAAAUCUGUGGUCGAAGCGUACGUGUAUAAUGGUGAAUUGACACCUGUCGAGGCUGCCAGACGGAAAUGGACUUGGAAACAGUAUGUUUUCUUCUGGAUGUCUGGUACUUUUAACGUCAAUACCUGGCAAAUCUCUGCCACCGGUCUGCAGUUGGGGUUGAACUGGUGGCAGACAUGGAUUUGUAUAUGGGUUGGUUAUUUCUUCGUUGCAGUAUUUGUCGUUCUGGCCUCUCGGGUUGGUAAUAUGUACCACUUGUCAUUCCCCAGUUCAUGUCGUAUCGCCUUUGGCACCUAUUUCUCAAUCUGGGUUGUGUUGAACAGAGUUGUCAUGGCCUGUGUGUGGUACUCUACUCAGGCCUACUUGGGCGGUAUCUGUGUGCAGUUGAUUCUUCGAUCUAUCUUUGGUAACAAUUUGAACUCAAGGUGGCACGAUACGAUUCCUAGUGUUAAUUUGACCCCAUACGAAUUGGUUUGCUUCAUCAUUUUCUGGAUUAUAUCUCUACCAUUCCUAUGGUAUCCUCCACAUAAGCUGCGUCACAUCUUUGCCAUAAAAUCGGCAGUCACUCCAAUCGCAGCAUUUGCAUUACUUGUAUGGUCCGUACGUAAAUGCGGUGGUAAUCUUUCAUUGGGAUCACUCAACGGUAACUCUACUAUGGGAAGUGCCGCUACAGCAUGGGCAGUUAUCAGGUCGAUCAUGAGCGCUAUGGACAAUUUCUCUACACUGAUACUGAACGCUCCCGAUUUCUCACGUUUUGGUAAAACCCCAGUCUCAUCAAUGUGGUCUCAAUUCAUUGCACUUCCAUUGUGUUUUGCCGUCAUUUCAUUGUUGGGUAUCAUCUGCGUCUCUGCCGCUUACACACUUUAUGGGGUCAACUACUGGAGUCCACUAGAUAUCUUGAGUCGCUACCUUGAUGGAUACUCUGCCGGUGAUCGUGCUGGUGUCUGCAUAAUUUCUUUUUCAUUCCUGUUUGACCAACUUGGUGCAAAUUUAUCCAGCAAUGCGAUCCCAGCAGGCACAGAUAUGACCGCUUUACUACCGAAAUUCAUCACCAUCAGACGUGGUUCAUACAUCUGUGCUGCAAUCUCCUUAGCCAUAUGUCCCUGGAACCUGCUAGCCUCGUCCUCCAAGUUCACAUCUGCCCUAAGCGCCUACGCUGUUUUCCUAUCAGCCAUCGCAGGUGUGAUCUUUGCCGACUAUUACAUCUUGAGAAAGGGUUACGUGGACAUAUUCCACUGUUACACAAACAAACCUGGCUCUUACUACAUGUACAACCGCUAUGGUACCAACUGGAGAGCCGUUGUGGCUUACGUCGUUGGAAUCGUACCGAACUUCCCUGGGUUCAUCGGUUCAGUUGGUCCCAAGGUACCUGAAGGUGCCAUGAAAGUUUACUACUUGAACUAUUUCGUUGGAUACCUGGUAUCAGCAAUCACCUACUUGAUUCUAGCCUACUUUUUCCCCAUGAGCGGUACACCAGAAGGUGUCAAAAUGAGCGAUAGGGUGUGGCUAGAACGCUGGGUAGAAGUAGAAGAUUUCCCCUACGAGAGAGAACAAUUCGAGAGAAAUUGGAACACACAACAGGAGCAUUCCAAGAGCGCAUGA